CCGGAAGUUUUGAACUGUCUUUGGCGGACAUCCUAAACUUGCCCAGACUUAUCCAUGAAAACACACAUUUCUCUGUCCUUUCGCCUUGACUUCCAAAACAGUUUUGUGUUUUAUACAAUCACCUCCAGAUACCCCGGGCUGAAGCUCCCUCCAGGCCCGCCUGCUGAGCUGAUGUCCGGCUUCCACCUCGUCCCGGUGCACGGCGGGGGUCCCAUCCACCUGCCGCCGGGGGACACGGUGCUGGGCAGGGGUCCCUUCCUGGGAGUCAGCGAUCGGAGAGUGUCCAGAAACCACGGGCUGCUGGAGAACCUGAACGGACAGCUGCGCCUCAAACCAACCCACUUCAACCCGUGCUUCAUGCAGUCGUCCCCGGCCGAUGACCCUCGACCUCUGCAGAAAGGCUCCUGGUACCCUCUCCGUCAUGGAGACGUUUUCUCUCUGCUGCCCGGGCAGUUCAUGUACGAGGUGGUGGCCGUGGGCGGAGAGGAAGAAGAAGAAGAACGCACUCCCAGAAACAGCCAGCUGUUUGGAGAAGAAGAAGAAGAAGAGGAACGUCCGGUUUCACCUCAGCCAGAUGUGGAGCCUCCUCCUCCUCCUAUUGGUCAGGACAGAGAACAGCCUCAGGAGGAGCCUGAGGCAGCUGCUCCGUUACACAUCGAGGAAUCUGAAGAUCUGCCCACGAGUCUGAACAAGACAGAGUCGCCUCCACCUACAGAAAGGAAGGCUGCUCCAGGUGAAGUCAGUCCGUUCAAACACAAGAGGAGAGUUUUACCUGCGUGGAUGAUGGCGGCUGCAGCAGCUUCUUCCUCCAGCCCUAAAGUUCCGUCAGCUGUGAAGAAAAGUAAAACGCCUGCAGCCGCUUCAUCGGGCGCCAAACGAGCAGCAGCCAAGAAAGCCUCGCCUGCUGAGACCUCCUCGCCUGAGGAGGCGGAGCUCAGCGCGGAGGAGCGGCCGAAGAAGAGGAGAAGGAAGAAGAGCAGUGAUGAAGAGAGAGCUCAGUCCAAAACAGAUGUUCCUUUAAAGCAGACGGUCAGAUCUGAGGUGAGCGAGGAGUCUGACGGCGUCACCGUGGAGGUGGACGAGGACGAGAGAGGAGGAGAGACGUCUACCACUCCGACCAGUGCAGAGAAGGAGUCUGAGAAGGAGGACAGGAAGUUGAAAAAACGGAGGCAGAUGAGUAGAAGAGGAGAGUCUGUCGGGUCCAACAGCGGCGCCGCUCCGUCCAAACCUCCCCUCAGGACUCCGUGUCCGUACGGGAGGGACUGCUACAGGAAGAACCCGCUUCACUUCCAGGAGAGCAGUCACCCCGGGGACCCGGACUACGAGGAGGAGGAGGACGAGGGGGAGGAGGAGGGAGCGGAUCUACCUGAGUGUCCCUACGGCACCGACUGCUACAGGAAAAAUCCUCUCCACAGGAAGGAGUACAAACACACGACGACUCCAGCCUCCAUGACGCGUACACGCCCCAAGAAGCCCACCGCCGCCGGCGACGAGGAGGACGAGUCUGAGUAUGACGACAGCUUCAUUAACGACGACAGCGAGGAGGAGGAGGACGAGGCGGGCGGCGAUGACUCAGACUACGUCCCUCCGGUCUCUGAUGACAGCGAGAAGGAGGACGUCAGAGGGCUGCAGAGCGAGGCGCAGGCCUUCCUCAAGAAGAAGUAGACAUGGCGUCGUCUUUGUUUGGAGGUUUUAGAGCGGCGGCGCCGGGCGACCUUUGAUGGUUUUGGUUUGAUGAGACUUACCCGCCUGAAGGAAAGAGUCCGUGAUUGGUCAAUUCUACACGGACUACAAACAGAAACCACGCCCCCUCUCAGACUGAGAUCCAGCCGCCUCAGUUCUGAUUUCAAAUUUUUACACGAGUCAACAAGUUGAAAAGGAUUCUGGGUAUUUGUCAUAAUUUUUUGACCGUAAUGAUAACCUGUGAUGUCACUGCACUACUGCGUUACCAUGGUGACACACCCAUGUGCAGACAGAGGUCAGAGACUGGUUCGAUUCCUCUUCACUCGUCCUGCUGGGAUCAACGGGACCCAACGGCGCUUUACUUCCUGUUUCGAGUCCAAACCCACGCUGACCAUGAACGAUGAAACAUCUGGUGUGUUGAAGAAUGAUCAGCGGAGUCUGGAUUGUGUCUGCUGACGUUUUUCUGGGGAACAUCCGACCUUCAUCCUUAAAUCAUCCGUCUGAAUGUGGUCAGGACACGAUGACAAACGGCCCCGGGUGGCGUUUAAGGCGCAGCAGCAGACUCUGAAUAUCUCACAUUUGAUGCUACUGAUUAUUAUCUUUUUAAUAUGAAUGUUUCUGUCCUUGUAGGAAGAAAAUCUUUUUAUAAGCAAGUCAGUUUUCUCAGUCUGAUGUGAAGUCUGAGCACGCCGCAGUCCGUCAGCGCCAUUCGCUGCAACUCUGGGUGACGUGUCUUGUGUGGAAAUUGGCAGCGAGAAAAUUGAGUUUUUUUUUUUUUUUUUUUUGCCUAAACUUUAUUUUUUUGUAAUGAUCUGUUAACCAGAAGGAGGCCGACAUCACUCUGAGUAUUCUUCUGCAGCUGUUAGUGUAAUGCUCGUUUCUGCCACAAGGGGGCGUUCUCGAACCAACAGCACUGAAAUCGUGUGUUUUCUCUCUGAACGUAACUCGGCUCUUCUCAGACUGCAACCAAAGAACUGACGAUUGUUCAACCUUUGUUUUGUUUUCAGAUCAUCCAAACAGGAAGUGAUGAACCUGAAACCCCUGAGAGUUUAUAACUGUCAAACAUUCGCUCCCAGCUGCCCACGUGCUGACUGCUGUCAGGUGUCACCAUAGCAACCAGAUACACAAAACAAUGCACUUGACCCGAGUCAUUAAAGCUGAUCAGGAAA